UAAAGCCAAAACAUGAAGAUGGAAGUUACAUACUGAUUCUGGAAUAUCUUGUACGCAAACAUGGUUACCAAACAUAACAAUCAUAGUAGGUAGUUAGUUACGUAGCUUCUUUCUUUGCACGGCAAAACACAAGGUCCCUACCAUCUCCUUCAUGGACCAUGAAACACCAUCUCAAAUCAAUAGCUGAACAUGGAAAACGUGUCUUCAACCAGAACCAGGGAAUCAUUCAUCUUGGCAAACUUGGCCAAGUUGAAGACGCUGUCACUGUCUUCGAAACCAUGCCCCACAAGAACCUAGUAACUUACAAUUCCAUGGUUUCGGUCUUUGCUAAAAAUGGUAGGAUCAAUGAUGCCCGCAAACUGUUUGAUAAAAUGCCCCAUAGAAACCUGGUUUCUUGGAACACCAUGAUUGCUGGGUAUGUUCACAACAACAUGGUUGAAGAAGCUGCUCACUUGUUUGACACAAUGCCUCGCAGAGAUAACUUCUCAUGGGCUUUGAUGAUAACUUGCUAUUCACGUAAGGGGAUGCUCCAUAAGGCUAGGGAACUCUUUGAUUUGGUUCCUGAUAAGUUGGACACUGCGUGUUGGAAUGCCAUGAUUGCUGGUUAUGCAAAGAGGGGUCACUUCCGUGAGGCCGAGGAAGUGUUUGAGCGGACACCGGUAAAGGAUUUGGUUUCUUACAACUCAAUGUUAGCCGGGUAUACCCAGAAUGGUAAAAUGCAUCAAGCAUUGCAGUUUUUUGAGAGGAUGGCCAACAAGAACGCAGUUUCAUGGAACUUGAUGAUUGCUGGGUUUGUUAACUGUGGUGAUCCUAGUUCUGCUUGGCAGUUGUUUGAAAAGAUUCCAAAUCCUAGUGCUGUUUCUUGGGUUACGAUGUUGUGUGGAUUUGCAAGACACGGUAAGAUUAUGGAGGCUAGGAAGCUUUUUGAUAGUAUGCCUGGUAAAAACGUGGUCUCGUGGAAUGCAAUGAUUGCAGCCUAUGUCCAAGACUUGCAAAUUGGUGAAGCUGUAAAGCUGUUCAAGGAAAUGCCAGAUAAAGAUUCUGUGUCAUGGACUACAAUAAUUAAUGGGUACAUUAGAGUUGGUAAGCUUAAUGAGGCAAGGAAAAUUUAUAAUCAGAUGCCUUGCAAGGACACGGCAGCACAAACUGCUUUGUUGUCCGGAUUAAUACAGAAUGGAAGAAUAGAUGAGGCUGGUCAAAUGUUCAGUCGAAUUCAUGUUCGCGAUGCUGUUUGUUGGAACAGCAUGAUUUCAGGCUAUUCACAGAGUGGAAGAAUGGAAGAAGCUUACAACCUAUUUAGACAAAUGCCCAUCAAGAAUGCAGUUUCGUGGAAUACCAUGAUUUCCGGGUAUGCUCAGGCAGGGAAGAUGGAUCGAGCAGCAGAGAUCUUUCAUUCCAUGGAAGCAAGGAAUAUAGUUUCAUGGAAUUCUCUUAUUGCAGGUUUUCUACAAAAUAGCUUAUACUUGGACGCUCUUAAGAGUUUUGUUAUCAUGGGACAGGAAGAACAGAAACCAGAUCAAUCAACUUUUGCAUGUGCUUUAAGCGCGUGUGCGAAUCUUGCAGCAUUGCAAUUAGGCAAGCAGCUCCAUGAAUACAUUUUGAAGAGUGGUUAUGUAAAUGAUAUCUUUGUUAGUAAUGCCUUGAUUGCCAUGUAUGCAAAAUGUGGAAGGGUACAGAAGGCAGAACAGGUGUUCAGAGAUAUCUGGCGCGCUGACCUUAUCUCUUGGAAUUCCCUCAUUUCGGGUUAUGCUUUGAAUGGAUUAGCAAAUGAGGCGUUUAAGGCCUUCCAGCAGAUGUUAUCAGAGGGGAUUGCUCCAGAUGAGUUUACCUUUAUGGGUAUGUUAUCAACAUGCAGUCAUGCCGGUUUAGCUCUGAAGGGUUUGGCUUUGUUUAAAUGCAUGGUUGAAGAAUUUAGCAUUGAACCCUUGGCUGAACAUUACAGCUGCCUAGUUGAUUUGCUUGGCCGUGUUGGUAGGUUUGAGGAAGCCUUCAAUGUAGUGAGGGGUAUGAAGGUGAAAGCAAAUGCUGGACUAUGGGGUUCGCUUCUUGCGGCUUCUCGAGCACAUAAAAACCUUGAACUCGGUAGAGUAGCAGCCAAGAUGCUUUUGGAACUCGAACCUGCUAAUGCCUCCAACUAUGUUACUUUGUCAAACAUGCUUGCAGAGGCAGGAAGAUGGAAAGAGGUUGAGAGGCUAAGGGUGCUCAUGAGGGAGAAACAAGCUACGAAACUUCCCGGAUGCAGCUGGAUUGAAAUACAAAAUCAAAUACAAUCUUUCAUCUCCGACGAUCCCUCAAAGUCGAGAGCUGAAAAUAUUCCGUUUAUAUUGAAUAGUUUAACUGAACACAUUAGGGACAAAUGUAUAUCUGAUAUGAAUCAAUCAUUGGAAUUUUAUGAUUGGAGAUACCAAAGUGUUAGCCUGCCAAGAGGUUAAUUAAAGUAGCAAAAAACCUUUUUGAAUGAAAUUAGAGAGAGAAUUUCUAAUUAGAGAGAUACCAAAUGUCCAAAUGUCAUGUGUUAAUGCCAUGUCUCUUUGAGAAGAAAAUGAUGCCGCAAAUUUUGGUUCUGUGGCAGAAAAGUUGAAGCAUACCAGAAAAUGAAUGAACACCCUGCAAGGUGAUAUAUUCACUAGAAUGGUUCUCUUCAGCCAUACUUUCUUCAUGUAUUCACCUUUUUCCAUUUUUGUGAUUUAUGAGAAUACUAAAUACUUA